ACCACUCUGCAGAACACCUCUAUCAAAAUGACUCGUGAAACGGCGUUAGUGCUCUUAAGCAUUAUAGUUUAUGUAUCAUCUGCGCAUAAGGUUGAAAAGGCUGCAGCCAUCCCCACAAGAUAUAACGCAUGGGCAGCCGGAUCCAAUAACUGUUCCUGUGCGUCCGAUAUCACUGCCCUCAAGAGAGAAAUCCUCCAGGAAGUUCAUCAGCGACAGGAACUCAAGGGUGCUUUGGAGACCUAUGUAUCAGAACUUUAUGAACUCAGAGCUUUAGUCACUGCUCUAAAAAAUGCAACCAAAGUCGCCCGAGCUACUGCAUUGUCCGCCCAGAGAGACCCGCCAGCAAUCGCCUUCACUGCCAAGCUGAGCUACAACCGAGAGCUACAACCUCUGGACACCGUCAUCUUCGACACAACUAUUACCAACAACGGCGAGGGGUACAAUUCAGAAACUGGUAAAUUCACGGCGCCCCUCUCUGGGUCGUACUACUUCUUUGCCACGGUGUUAUCCGGCUACAACACCAAAGUGGAAACUGCGGUCAUAGUCAAUGACAAAGAAGUAUCCCGGAUGUACUCAGGCGCACAUGACGCGCAUGGAUCUGGCAGUAACGCGGCCGUUGUAAACCUCCGCAGUGGUGACAGCGUUUGGAUAAGGCUCUUGUAUCAAGGUGGCACUCACGUCCACGGCUUUUACAGCACGUUUUCGGGGUUUAUCCUCAAUGAGAAGGAUCCUUGAAAACUUUGCAAAAUAAACUGUGGUUUUCGUGAACAAUAUGACAUUUCCUUGCAGGGCGAAGAAGCUAGUUCGCGUGUGUGUGCUAUCCACGCUCUGGUCCAAGAAGUUUUUGUAUUAUUUUUUUGUAUUGUGAGAGUUGAAUAGGAACGCCUGUCUCUUAAUCUAGACGUGUGUUAUGUUGAUUAUAAUGAUUUUACAAUUUAAUAAAUAUACUUUGAUAUAAAA